CGCUGUGCCCGGCUGACAUCUGCCUCCCACCUCCACCACCAUCGCCGCCUCGCAGUCACCCGCUCCCACACAUCGCAUCGCCGCUCGCCGGCACGCAGCGCACCAUGCCGUCUGCAGUCCGCCCGAAGCGCCAGUCGGCCGUGGCCGCCGCGCAACAUACCCAGCCGCGUGCCACGAAGAAGGCACGCAAGGCCGCCGUUGCUGCUGCUGCGAACGACUCAGGCAGCGAUCUGAGUGACGCGCCCGACGAAGACGGCAGCGCCAGCGGCAGCGACGACGCCGAGUCGGACGACCCCAACUCGUCCGACGACGACGACCACACCGAGGUCGACAUGGACGAGACGGGCGACUUUGAGGCGCCCGGCGCCAAGAAGAAGAAGGCUGCCGGCGCGCCGCGCAAGCCAAAGGCGGCGCCGAAGAAGAAGGCACCGGCCGCCAAGAAGGCGCCGCGAGCAGCAGCAGCUGGUAGCAGUGCCGCACCUGCAGCGAAGGCCGCCACUGGGCGAAAGGGCGGCACGGCGGGCAAGCGGGCCGCGCCGAAGCGCACGACGGGGAGCAAGGAGGAGCUGUCCAUCAAUGAUGACAACACGCUUUUCAACUCGGUCAAGGACCCCAACACCGCGCUGCAGUCCACUGCCGAAGACUGGGUGGUGGCGUACCAGGAGACGCCCGGCAAGGCGCUGUCUGAGCUUGUGACGUUCUUCAUCCGGUCAUGCGGGUGCAACAGCACGGUCGACGAGGACGUGGCGCAGGACCUCGACGCGAUCGUCGACAACCUCGAGGAGGUGCAGGAGGAGUUCAAGAAGGAACUCGUGCCGUCCUACCCGCUCAUCUCCAAGGCUGCGUCCUACAAGAAGUUCCGCAAGUCGCUGGCAGAGCUGCUCGAGCGCAUCUUCACGUCGGCAGCGGAGGCAGAUGCGCUUUAUGACGAGGCACUGAUCGAGACGUUCAUCGCCUGGAUCUCCGCCAUGAGCUCCUCGGCACUGCGUGCCUUCCGCCACACCGCCACCGCCAUCGCGCUCUGGACGAUCGGUGCUCUGGCGCAGGUCGGCGGCGAGCUGAAGAAGGAGCUGGCGAGCGCCACGAAGAGCCGCGACGCGGAGCGCAAGAAGGCGCGCGCCGACAAGGCGCGCCUGAAGGAGCUGGAGUUCAAGGUCAAGGAGGUGACUGCCGCGAAAAAGCGCAUUGACGGCGCCAUCGAGGAGCUCAUCAGCACCGUCUUCGUCCAUCGCUACCGCGACUCGGACCCGAACAUCCGUACCGACUGCAUCAACGAGCUGAGCGGCUGGAUGAAGGCACAGCCGGAGCAGUUCAUGCAGGCGUCCUUCUUCCGCUACCUCGGCUGGGUGCUCUCCGACGCACACCCUGACGUGCGCGGCGCCGCGAUCAAGGGCCUUGGCGGCUUGUACGGGCGCGGCAGCACCAUCCCGAGCAGCGUGCGCCACUUCACCGACAUGUUCAAGCAGCGCCUCGUCGAGAUGGCCGUCGGCGACGUCGACCUGAGCGUGCGCAUCGCGACGAUUGGCGUGCUUGUGCAGAUCGACAAGCGCGGCCUGCUCGAGGACGAGCAGCGCGACUCGCUGGCCGCGCACAUCUACGACGUUGAGCCGCGCGUGCGCGUCGCAGUGGCAGGCUUCGUGACCGGCAUGCUCGAGGCGCUCGUUGAUGAGCAGAAGGAGCAGCUUGGCGAGGAGCCGUCGAGCAAGCAGACGCAGGCUCUCGAGGCGUACGAGACGGAGCUCGCCAAGCUGCGCCUCAAGUGCUUCGCCGAGCUGCUUGUGCGCUUCGCCGCACGGCUCGACAAGCCGGCGGGCGACGAGAACGGCGACGCGGCAGAGUCCUCGCGCGCCAAGGAGCAGGCCGACGAGCUCUCGUGGUCGCUCGGCGGCCUGGAGGAGGGCCGCGUUGGCCUGGCAGUCAACGCUCUCUGGGACGCAGUCGAGGGCGCGCAGCAGUGGCGCCCGCUCAUCGAGCUGCUGCUGUACGACCACUCUGGAGCAGGCGCUUCAGCAGCGCCAGGGCGCGCAAAGGGCAAGAAGGGCAAGAGCGCAGCUGCGUCGGCAGCCGGCUCCAGCUCCAACAGCAGCGCCGACACCGCGGUCACUGGUGUGCAGCUCACGAACCAGGUCUACCGCCUCGAGCCGGAAGAGGAGGCUGUGCUGGUGGAGGCUCUCGUCGCCGUGCUCAGCAAGACGAAGGCACAGGCUGCCAACGCUGGCCCACGGCCUGACCGUCCUGCCCACGGCCCGCUCUCCGACGAGGACGAGGCGGCUGAGGACGACCCGGUCAAGUCGCUCGCCUCCAUGACACGCGACCUCAUACCGGCGCUGCCCAAGCUCUUCUCCAAGUACCGCACGGACGCGCCACGCAUCGCCGAUGUGCUGCUGGUGCCGCGCUACAUGAACCUCGAGCUGUACCUCGAGGCGCAGCAGAGCACGGCGUACGAGGCGCUGUGGGACGAGAUCUCGGACCAGUUCCUGCGCCACGUCGAGCCGGCGCUGCUGGCCAAUGCCGUGGCUGCCAUCUCGCGGCUCGUCCAGACCGACACACUCGCCAACGUCAACGCCACCAAGCUCACGGCGCUGCACGAGAACCUGACCGCAGCGCUGCGCGAGCCAGUGCAGGGCCGUGACGUCGAGGCCGCUGCGUUCGACGAGAACGAGAUCCACCUGCUGAUGGCGUGCACGCGGCGCAUGCGGCACCUCGCUCGCGCGACGGACAUGAGCGCCGCCAUCGAGGACGAUGAGAAGGGCUCGCAGACAAGCGCCUGGAACAUCGUGCUGGGCCUGGCGUCGCGCGGCCGUCUCGGCUACCCGGAUGAGUCUCAGCUCAUCGAGAACUCGCUCGGCGUUCUCUCGCUCUACAUCAUGUGGAAGACGCACGCCGUCGUCCAGACUCAGGAUCAUGCGCAGAAGAAUGCGCUCGUCGAGGCGCUCGUUGACAAGCGCGACACGCUGCUUGACCUCAUGAACAGCUUCGUCGCGGGCUCGCACGGCAACACGGCAUCGGGCGUGCAGCAGGAGGCCUUCCGCCACACGCUCGACGUGUACAUCAUGCACGGCAACAUGGCUGCCGCCUCCGAUGCCGCCGAAGCGGCUGCGCAGCAGAACGGUGGCGCGGACGCGGCUGCCGCUGGACGGCCCAAGCUGCCGGCUGCCAUGCGCCUCGAGUGUCCCGUCGAGGUCCAGCACCGCUGUGCCGGCUUCAUCCAAGCCGAGCUGGAGCGUUACGCCGAGGAGCUGCGUGCGUCAUUUCCUUCAGAUGCACCAGCUGACGCUGAGAGCGAGCUUAGCGACGCCGAGGAGGAGCAGGACGAGGAUGACGACGGCAAUUCGCCCGCGCCUGCGCCAAAGAAGGGCAAGAAGGGCAAGAAGGCGGCGCCUGCGACUGCCGCAGCCGCAGACAAGACGCCGGCUCGGCCGACUCAGGAGUUCCUGCAGCGGCAGCAGCAGCUCUGCCAGACGCUGUCGCACUUCAUCGCCGCGAUCCGCCUCGGCACGUUCGACGUCAAGCACGCGGCGGGUGUGCUGGCAUACCACGGGCGGCUGGGCCACAUCUUUGACUCGUGCUCCAAGGUGCUCGUCGAGACGCUGCGCGAGGAGGGCGUGUACGCCGGCCGGCCCGACAUGGCCUGCAACGUCAUCCUCGAUGCGCUCAAGCAGUCGGCGGAGCUGUGGGAGCAGGACCCGACAACUCAGGGCGGGGAGUGCUUUGUGGGCCUCGCGCGGGCACUCAGCAGCGCGCUUCUGGUGCGCGGCGCCCAUCUGACUGUGCUGCGUGCCAUCCCGGCCGCCGCUCUUGUCCGCUUGCACAACAACGGCUGCGUGCACGUCAUCAAGCGGCUCACGGCUGCCGAGCGCGCUGGCAACCAGGCCAGUAAGACGCGUGCGAUCGCGUUUUGGAAGGGCCUCGCCCUGCUGCUGCCUGCGGCGACCGGCCGUGACGCUGUCAAGAUCAAAUCGGCCAUGGACCAGGCGCUCAAGGACGCCGAGAUCGAGGUGCCGCCGUCCGCCAAGGCCUGGGAGCCGCAGCGCUCGUACGAAAAGCGGCUCGUCAACCUCGCCGCAAAGAGCCAGGAUCUGCGCAAGAAGGCCGCGGCUACCAAGCCGGCAUCGUCGCGCAAGAAGGCUCCUGCUCCGGCAGACGACCUCAUCGACGACGCCGAGCUCAGCGGCGGCGAGUUCGAGGAGCUCGAGCCGGGUGCGGAGGCACCGCGCCGCCCGGCGCUGCGGCCGUCGGCUGCUGCAGGCAACAAGCGACGAGCACGCGACGACGACCCGCUGGACCUGAGCGACGAGGAGCAUGUCUCGCCGUCGCCGGGUCUCGGCGGCGACGCCUCCAACGGUGGCCUGCUCGACAUCACCAGGGAGGAGCGCAACAGCGACGCCGAGGAGGAGGCAUCCAUGGCGCGCUCCACUCGUUCGCACAGCGUGGCCGCCAGCGAGGCGAGCUCGGCUGGCGCUCGCAAGCGUCCACGGCACGGCUGAGCAGCCAUGCUCCUUUUACUCUGCCCUCUCGCCCAUUCGCAUCGCGCAAGGACUGGACGGCCUCAUCAUGGGCUCAUCUGCUUGCAUCCUUCUUCCUACCCGCUGCUCCGUCUUUCUCGACCGCCUUGCCCUCUUGCCCCUUCCCAUUGUCACACUCUUGGCCACACCUGUUGUUCUACUGCCCCGCUUGCACGCCCGCCACGCACUUCUUGACACGCGGCCGCGGCUGGUAUCUGAUGAUGAUAUUGCAAC